AUGACUCCUCGUGGUCUUGCAAUUAGUAUUGGAAGUGGUAGUAAUGGUGGUCACAUCAUAUCUCGGAUCCUUUCUGACCCUAAUAAGGGCAAGUAA